CGAGAUUUGGGCCAGAUUGAGACCCUUUUUCGGGUCGGUCAGCAUCACUCUCAUUUAUUAUCGGUAAUCAAACGAUGGCGGCCACUGAGUAUACGUUUCUGACAGUUGAUGGUCAUGGGCAUCCACUUGAGCCCGGCAGCCGAGCCUCGAUUCGGAGUCGGUGCAUGAAAGGCGUCAACGUACGCCAAGACUCACGCCGCUCCAAGCGGAGAGCUCGAAAGAAUCAAGAAGAAAUCCUUGAAAUUCGAAGAGGCGAAGAGAGUAUCAUUACACAGAGACCUGACUCACCUUUCUCCCGGAGUGGUUACUGCGGAACCGUUGUGAAGUCAUUGCAGGUUCGAACUGAUGAGCUUGGCUUUGACUCUUCACGCUUGCCAUCUGCUGUGUUGCGGUCAGCUGUGAAGUAUAAUGCCUUACUCGAUGCGGCAUAUCCACUUGAGAUAUACCUUGAGACCACACACGCUCAAGGACACAGAAUGACCAACGACUUGACAUUAUUGAACGACAACAAGACUUUACUAGAGUCGAUAUUCCUGGCAAUACAUGCCGUGGACGAUCUAUGUUCCGGAAAUACGCUAUCCCUUCGGUCGCAGCGAUUACUCUGCACCAUCCUCUCGUCAUUGAACAACAACCUUCAUAACACUUCCACCCAACAAUCCUACUCCACCAUUCUUGUCAUACUGAUCUUGCUUUUUGCCGCUGAGUCAUUUCAAGAUUUUGAUGCUGUUGGAACUCACCUUGACGGACUGAGGAGAUUAUUGGAACUGCGUGAGACACAGCCAGCGCCAAUAGACUCCAAACUAAUGUUCAAGAUCCAGCAGGUCGAUCUCAGGAUGUCGUUGGCCACCGGUCGGCCAUUGUACUUUCCUUUCAACUACCCAAACCCACAGCAACCUGUUUGCGUCAUCAGUCCGUCAAGUAUGCUGCCCUGGUUGAUGGUACAUCCCACGUUGAUGAGCUGCUAUCAGACAUUGCAAGCGUUAUCAAAUCAUGCGAAUCAGUGUCAAGUCCCCAAAGCUCAAAACCUUCUCAAUUGGGCAGAUUUCCAGUCUCAGGUUAGCACGAGUCAAACUCACUUGCUUGGCCUUGGAGACCGUCAUCUCCCUGUCGUAUCCGAAGCUCUGCGACUUGGCAUGCUUGCCUUCUUAUCCACACUCUCGCGUAGUCCGGUCCGAAAACCUCACCUACCAAUAUUUACCUCACAGCUUGAGGAGUGCUAUAUGCUUAUGAAACAAAAACAAGAUUCCCACAAGCCAUUGCUUCUCUGGCUUAUGCUGAUGGGACAUAUCUCUACUAUCGACACGUCGAGCUCGAUAUCAUCUUCAGUAUGGACAUCUAUUGUUGAGCCCGACUUGUCUUGGGAAACUGCGCGAGGAAUCAUUAGUGAGCUUCCGUGGAUUGAAAGGAUCCACGAUGAACCGGGAGAGAGAAGCCUGAGGCACCUACAAGUUCGAAGGGGCGAUAUAGGACGUCAGUGUUGAAAAGUACAAAUAAACUUCGGAUGUUGAAGUAAGUAUUAAUAAAUAAGAUUGACUAAGACCUUAGAUAAGGUACCUAAGAAAAGAAAGGAAUGCAAGUCAAGCAAACAGGGAGAGCACA